AUGCCUAUUAAAGAUAUGAAGCCGAUCCCCGCAGCGAGUAUGGCGUCCACAUCGUUUGAGCGUUCAAAUUCGGGGUUCCAGAUGGUUGAUCAAUCUCAACCCCGUUAUAUAAUCCCUUCCUUGGAAAAUCGUCACUUUACUGGCCGUGAAUCCACGCUAGAGGAGCUCAAACAGAAGCUUUUUAUCCAAGCCAAUACUGAAAAAUUAGCCUUAUUCGGACUAGGUGGCAUCGGAAAAACCCAAGUUGCACUUCAGCUUGCCCGCUGGGUGAAAGCGUAUAUACCAGACUGCUCGAUUUUUUGGGCUCCUGCUCUCAGCCUCGAGAGUUUCAAGCAAGUUUAUUGGCAAAUUGCGAACGAGCUCCAAAUCCAUCAGAACGCAAACGAUGAAAAUGUGAUGGAAUUAGUACAGGAGCAUCUUAGCUCUGAUAAGGCCGGAAAGUGGCUUUUGAUUAUCGAUAACGCUGAUGACAUAGGCUUGGUUUUCGAUGACCUUGAUCAGUAUUUUCCUUCUAGCAAGAAAGGUGUAACUUUGCUCACUACUCGUUCUCGCGAGGUGGCGAUGUCUUUCGCAAGAAAGGAUAUCGUUGAGCUCCAAAAGAUGACAGCAGAGGAAGGGAUUGCUUUUCUUACUAAGAUUGUCGGAGAAGAUUCACUAUGUGGCCAAGAAUCCGCUAUGCGAUUAGUAGAGGAGCUGAACUUACUACCUCUAGCUAUCGCACAGGCCGCUUACUAUAUUUCUCGGAAUAAUAUAACGACCACGCGCUAUCUCGAGCUUAUGCAUAAAACCGAAAAAGACCGGAUGCGUCUAGCGAGUAGGGACUUCCGGGAUAACACUCGCUACCGAAAAAUGCCAAACGCGGUGACUGCCACGUGGCUUAUCUCAUUCAAUCAGAUCAAGAGCUCUGAUCCCUCUGCUGCUGAUUUGCUGGAGUUUAUGUCUUUCCUUGAGCCAAAGUCAAUCCCACGAUCUAUUCUUCCUACGCUUACUUCAGAAGAGGAGAUGGAUUUCUCAAUUGGCACACUGUGCGGCUAUGGAUUUCUGACCAGGAGAGAUAAUAAGGGUAUGUUCGAUAUGCAUAGCCUUGUACAGUUAUCAACACGAGUGUGGAUGGCAGAGGCACAGAAGACACAACAGAUUAUCACGACUACGACGCAACAUCUAGACGAGUGUUUUCCAACAAACGAAUACACGAAUCGUGAGACAUGGAGGGAAUACUUACCACAUGCCCUUGAAAUUCUCAAGAGAGAGGAAAGUAAAGAUUUGAGUGAGAGGUACAGCCUACUUUCCAAGGUUGGAGAUUGUGUUCUAGCUGAUGGACGAGCGAAAGAAUCCAUCACCUUUUUUCACGAUGUGUGUGUAUGGAAUGAAAGCAACUAUGGUGAAGAGCAUCCUGAUCGACUGACGUCUCAGCAUACGCUCGCACGGGCAUAUCAAUCCAACGGGCAGAUCAAACAGGCUGUGGAGCUACUUGAGCAUGUGGUCGCGGUGCAAGAGAGAACGCUUGAUGAAGAGCAUCCUGAUCGACUGACGUCUCAGCAUACGCUCGCAGGGGCAUAUCAAUCCAACGGGCAGAUCAAACAGGCUGUGGAGCUACUUGAGCAUGUGGUCGCGGUGGAAGAGAGAACGCUUGACGAAGAGCAUCCUGAUCGACUGACGUCUCAGCAUACGCUCGCAGGGGCAUACCAAUCUAACGGGCAGAUCAAACAGGCUGUGGAGCUACUUGAGCAUGUGGUCGCGGUGCGAGAGAGAACGCUUGAUGAAGAGCAUCCUGAUCGACUGGCGUCUCAGCAUACGCUCGCAUGGGCAUAUCAAUCCAACGGGCAGAUCAAACAGGCUGUGGAGCUACUUGAGCAUGUGGUCGCGGUGCAAGAGAGAACGCUUGAUGAAGAGCAUCCCUCUCGACUGGCGUCUCAGCACGUACUCGCAGGGGCAUACCAAUCUAACGGGCAGAUCAAACAGGCUGUGGAGCUACUUGAGCAUGUGGUCGCGGUGCGAGAGAGAACGCUUGAUGAAGAGCAUCCCUCUCGACUGGCGUCUCAGCAUACGCUCGCACGGGCAUAUCAAUCCAACGGGCAGAUUAAACAGGCUAUGGAGCUACUUGAGCAUGUGGUCGCGGUGCGAGAGAGAACGCUUGAUAAAGAGCAUCCCUCUCGACUGGCGUCUCAGCACGAACUCGCACGGGCAUAUCAAUCCAACGGGCAGAUCAAACAGGCUGUCGAGCUACUUGAGCAUGUGGUCGCGGUGCAAGAGAGAACGCUUGAUGAAGAGCAUCCCUCUCGACUGGCGUCUCAGCAUACGCUCGCACGGGCAUAUCAAUCCAACGGGCAGAUCAAACAGGCUAUGGAGCUACUUGAGCAUGUGGUCGCGGUGCGAGAGAGAACGCUUGAUGAAGAGCAUCCCUCUCGACUGGCGUCUCAGCACGAACUCGCACGGGCAUAUCAAUCCAACGGGCAGAUCAAACAGGCUGUCGAGCUACUUGAGCAUGUGGUCGCGGUGCAAGAGAGAACGCUUGAUGAAGAGCAUCCCUCUCGACUGGCGUCUCAGCACGUACUCGCAGGGGCAUACCAAUCUAACGGGCAGAUCAAACAGGCUGUGGAGCUACUUGAGCAUAUGGUCGCGGUGCAAGAGAGAACGCUUGAUGAAGAGCAUCCCUCUCGACUGGCGUCUCAGCACGAACUCGCAGGGGCAUAUCAAUCCAACGGGCAGAUCAAACAGGCUGUGGAGCUACUUGAGCAUGUGGUCGCGGUGCAAGAGAGAACGCUUGACGAAGAGCAUCCUGAUCGACUGACGUCUCAGCAUACGCUCGCAGGGGCAUACCAAUCUAACGGGCAGAUCAAACAGGCUGUGGAGCUACUUGAGCAUGUGGUCGCGGUGCGAGAGAGAACGCUUGAUGAAGAGCAUCCUGAUCGACUGGCGUCUCAGCAUACGCUCGCACGGGCAUAUCAAUCCAACGGGCAGAUCAAACAGGCUGUGGAGCUACUUGAGCAUGUGGUCGCGGUGGAAGAGAGAACGCUUGACGAAGAGCAUCCUGAUCGACUGACGUCUCAGCAUACGCUCGCAGGGGCAUACCAAUCUAACGGGCAGAUCAAACAGGCUGUGGAGCUACUUGAGCAUGUGGUCGCGGUACGAGAGAGAACGCUUGAUGAAGAGCAUCCUGAUCGACUGGCGUCUCAGCAUACGCUCGCACGGGCAUAUCAAUCCAACGGGCAGAUCAAACAGGCUGUGGAGCUACUUGAGCAUGUGGUCGCGGUGCAAGAGAGAACGCUUGAUGAAGAGCAUCCCUCUCGACUGGCGUCUCAGCAUACGCUCGCACGGGCAUAUCAAUCCAACGGGCAGAUCAAACAGGCUAUGGAGCUACUUGAGCAUGUGGUCGCGGUGCGAGAGAGAACGCUUGAUGAAGAGCAUCCCUCUCGACUGGCGUCUCAGCACGAACUCGCACGGGCAUACCAAUCUAACGGGCAGAUCAAACAGGCUGUGGAGCUACUUGAGCAUGUGGUCGCGGUGCGAGAGAGAACGCUUGAUGAAGAGCAUCCCUCUCGACUGGCGUCUCAGCACGUACUCGCAGGGGCAUACCAAUCUAACGGGCAGAUCAAACAGGCUGUGGAGCUACUUAAGCAUGUGGUCGCGGUGCGAGAGAGAACGCUUGAUGAAGAGCAUCCCUCUCGACUGGCGUCUCAGCACGAACUCGCACGGGCAUAUCAAUCCAACGGGCAGAUCAAACAGGCUGUGGAGCUACUUGAGCAUGUGGUCGCGGUGGAAGAGAGAACGCUUGAUGAAGAGCAUCCCUCUCGACUGGCGUCUCAGCAUACGCUCGCAUGGGCAUAUCAAUCCAACGGGCAGAUCAAACAGGCUAUGGAGCUACUUGAGCAUGUGGUCGCGGUGCAAGAGAACGCUUGA